AUGUCUGAACAUUUGGCGGGUAUAUUAGUCCCUUGUGUUAAUGUUCUUAUAGCUCAUUGGUUUCCACUUGCUGAAAAAAGUACAGCAAUAGCAAUAUCUACAACAGGCAAUCAGAUUUCUGUUAUUAUUGCAAUGUUUUUAACUGCUGAACUUUGUGUUUUGGAGUUUUUGGGUGGUUGGGCAUCUGCUUUUUAUAUUUAUGAACUUUGUUUAAUUCAAGAAAUUGAUGGAACUUUUAAUGAAUUAAAGGAACAAAAAUUACAAAGAAAAGUUAAUCCAAAAGAGGUUCCAUGGAGAAAAAUUCUUUCUUCUUUAGUUGUUUGGUCAACUGGUAUGAGUUCUUUUAGUCAAAAUUUUAUGAAUGUUGGAAUUGUUGUUUAUUUACCUACUUAUUACCAAAAUGUUCUGGGAAUGGAUUUGACCGCGAAUGGUUUAAUGUCAGCAUUGCCUUUUGUUGUUCAACUUGUUACAAAAAUAUGGUUUGCUGCAGUGAGUGAUUGGAUAAAACGAAAAGAAUUAAUGACUUCUACUGCUGUCACAAAAUUAUUUAAUUUAAUUGGCAGUUUUGGUGCAGGUGCAUGCUUUGUACUUCUUUCAUUUUGUGAUUGUUCAACUCCUUAUUUAGCUAUUGGGUUGGCAAUUACUGCUGUUGGUCUUAGUUCAGGAUUUAUUCCUGGUUAUAAUACAAGGUAA